GGAGUCCACCCCAUCAGGUUCGCACAUUAACCAUUCCUCAGUGAUCUUCACGCCAAUUCCCCCUCUUUCUCUCUCUUCCGUUUUCUCCCUCUCUCCGGGUAGAUAUACAUACACAAUUAUUGUAUCUAUAUACAUACUUCAUACCUCAAUUCAUAUAAUACCAAUUUCAUUUGAAAAUUCUUUGUUGGGGUUUUUCUCUAGCGCUCACCUAGCAAUUAAUCUCAUUCAAAAAAAAUUAGAAUUCAUAUGGAGUGUAUUGAAGCAAAAGCAUUGAAAUCGAGCUUUCUCUCGGAAAUAAUUCACAUGAAAUCAACCCAACAAGCUUCCUUUGAAGAUUUAUGGUGUGUAGCCGGACUUAACAACGUUGUUAAUGUCACCACCGAAGAAUUCUCCGUUGACGAUCUCUUAGAUCUUUCUGACAAGGAUUUUAGUACUUCUGGUGAAGAAUCCUUCGAGGAGGAUUUUGCCUCGGUUUCUUCUCAGGAUAAUGAUAGUAAUUCGUUGAAUUCUAGCAAGUUUUUAACCACCGGCGACCUCGUUUCUCUUCCCGCCGACCAGCUCCCAGUUCCGAUUGAUGAUAUGGAAAGCCUUGAAUGGUUAUCACAAAUUGUGGAUGAUUCUGUGUCGGAGCUUCCUGUUUCGUGCCCGGAGACGAAAUUGAAGGAUGAAGCCGGCCAGUUUCCCGAGAACCGGUUUGAACCGGUGUUCCUGAUGUCAGCUCGGAGUUUUACGGUUUUGGGAUUACCAUAUCCGGUUCCGAAGAAGGGUAGAACCGAAAAGUCGAGAAAACCCGGCCGAGUGUGGUCUUCCGGGUCGCGUUCACUCACUGAGUCGUCUUCGAGUUCUUCAUCGUCCCAUGACUUGUCUGCAACUUCUCCUAUGCUUCUCACAAACCCGUUUCACUUCAUUGAAUUUUUCGAAAAGCCGGCGUCGGCAAAGAAGCAGAGAAAAAACCCGGUUUCCCAAAAGGGACAAGUUUCAAGCGAGUUAAUUAAUCAACGUCGGUGUACUCACUGUCAAGUUCAGAAGACACCUCAAUGGAGAACCGGUCCUUUAGGUCCAAAAACCCUAUGCAACGCUUGUGGGGUCCGCUUUAAAUCCGGCCGGCUUUUUCCUGAGUAUAGACCGGCUUGUAGUCCUACUUUUUCCGGCGACGUUCAUUCCAACAGCCACCGGAAAGUGUUGGAAAUGAGAAAGAUGAAGGAAACAGAUGUUGAACCGGCAUUGAACCUGCAAGCUCAAAGAGAUUCAAUUCUGUUGCUCGACCCGGUUCAGUAGAUUAACCCAGGCCGGUUUGAAGACUUUUGUUAGGUUGGUAACGGUAGGUUAGGGAGGUCUAAUUUAGGUUAUAUUAUUUUUGUUAAAUUCUUUACGUUUAAAUGAGUUGUAGUUUAUGUAAUAGAAGUUGUAAUUUUUUUUAGUAAUUUUGUUGUUAGAAAUACUACUAUUACUUGUAAUGAUGAGUCGUACUUUAUUAAAUGAUAAGUUUCGUGUCG